AUGUCAGGCAUCUUGAGGCAGACCAUCAACCUUGGUCGCCUGUACAGGCCGACCUACCAGAUNUCGACCCGCGGUCGCUCGCUAUCAUUAAGACCUGCUUCGAUCCCGCGACCAACAUAUGCAUACCAGCGCGUCCGCCGCUACGCCACUCAACCCGAAGAGCCUCGCGACAAAGAUGAGGUCAAGGACAAGACUCCCGGCCAAUCCGCCCCCGGCAUGAAGCACCUUUACAACAAGGGCGGCCCCUUGACAAACGAGAAGACUGCUUCAUCUUCAUCUGAUUCGCCUCGUCCCGGCUUUGCGAAGCUUACCCCCGAGGAAGAGAAGGAANNGCUCACCGAGGUUUUUGGUCAGAUCAAGAAGGGCAUGCCCGCCUCCAUGGCAGAAGAGGUGGAAAAGACUUUUCAAAGGAUCCGCACCGAAGGCAUCCCUCAAGAGCUCCGCGACACCAUGGACGAGGUCAAGCAGGGCCACAUGACGCCUGCCGUCGCCGCCCGCCUGUGGCGUCAAGUCUCUUCCAUGGCCAGAAAGACUGCCGAGAGCGACAUCAACAGCGAGGCCAAGGGUGCUCAGCAGAAGUCUGGUGCUCACGAUCCCGGUGCCGGCUCCAAGUCAAAGUCGAACAACAAGGGCGAAGACAAGGAUGGUCCAGCCUACCACAUCAAGGAUAUCAAGCUGGACAUGAACAGCAUCAUUCUUUCCGCCUUCACCUCAUACCUCAUCUAUCGCCUGGUCGUCCCAAGCGAGAACUCCCGCGAGAUCACAUGGCAAGAGCUGAGAAACACCUUCCUUGACAAGGGUCUUGUCGAGAGACUUGUCGUCGUCAACAACAACAAGGUCAGAGUGCACGUUCACCAGCAGUCUGUCCAAGCCAUGUACCCCGAAAGUCCUGCAGCUCACGGCAACUUCUACUACUACUUCUCCAUCGGCUCUGUUGAGGCCUUUGAGCGCAGACUCGACGACGCACAAGCUGAGCUUGGCAUCCCAUCAUCUGAGAGAAUCCCUGUUCAAUACAGCCGUGAGGUCUCUUGGGCUGACACGAUAUUGAGCUUCGGUCCCACCCUGCUGUUUAUUGGUGCCAUCUUUUGGCUCUCAAGAAGAGCCGCAUCUGGAGCUGGCGGUGGUGGCAGUGGCGGAAUCUUCGGUAUGGGCAAGAGUCGCGCCAAGAAGUUUAACCACGAGACCGACGUCAAGGUCAAGUUCGCCGAUGUCGCUGGUAUGGACGAGGCCAAGGUCGAGAUCAUGGAGUUCGUCAACUUCUUGAAGCAACCCGAGCGCUUCCAGAAGCUCGGUGCAAAGAUUCCUAGAGGUGCUAUCCUCUCUGGUCCUCCUGGUACUGGUAAGACUCUGCUCGCCAAGGCAACCGCUGGUGAGUCUGGUGUACCUUUCUUCAGCGUCAGUGGUUCCGAGUUCGUCGAGAUGUUCGUUGGUGUUGGUGCCUCGCGAGUGCGCGAUUUGUUCCAGAACGCCAGAAAGAGCACACCCUGCAUCAUCUUCAUUGAUGAGAUUGAUGCCAUUGGAAAGUCAAGAUCAAAGCAAAACUUCGGAGGUGGUAACGACGAGAGAGANGCUACACUCAACCAGAUCCUUACCGAGAUGGAUGGUUUCGCCAGCACUGAACAGGUAAUUGUACUUGCUGGUACCAACCGCGCAGAUGUUUUGGAUCAGGCUCUCAUGCGUCCUGGCCGUUUCGACAGACACAUCUCAAUCGACAAGCCUACUAUGGACGGACGCAAGCAAAUCUUUGCUGUCCACUUGAAGAACAUCGUGACAAAGGAAGACAUCGAAUACCUCAAGGGCCGUCUGGCAGCACUUACCCCUGGUUUCUCUGGAGCGGAUAUUGCCAACUGUGUCAACGAAGCCGCUCUGAUCGCUGCUCGUGGUGGCGCUGACACUGUCAAGAUGAUUCACUUCGAACAGGCUAUCGAGCGUGUUAUCGGCGGUCUCGAGAAGAAGUCGUUGGUGCUUUCGCCCGAGGAGAAGCGCACAGUUGCAUACCACGAGGCUGGCCAUGCUAUCUGUGGAUGGUACUUUAAGUACGCCGAUCCUCUUCUGAAGGUCUCCAUCAUUCCCCGUGGUCAAGGAGCCCUCGGAUACGCACAAUACCUUCCCUCUGGAGACACUUACCUCAUGUCAUACCUGCAGCUUCUUGAUCGUAUGGCCAUGACUCUUGCUGGUCGUGUCUCUGAGGAAAUUCACUUUGAGACCGUCACAUCUGGAGCAUCGGACGACUUCAACAAGGUCACCCGCAUGGCCACCGCCAUGGUUACCAAGUGGGGUAUGUCGCCCAAGGUUGGUUACCUCUACUUUGAGGACGACCCGAACCAGCUCCAGAAGCCCUUCUCAGAGGAGACCGCCCGCAACAUUGACACCGAGGUGAAGCGCAUCGUCGACGAAGCCUACAAGCAGUGUCGUGGCCUGCUCGAGGAGAAGAANAAAAGAGAGAUCGGUAUCGUCGCUGAGGAGCUGCUCCGCAAGGAAGUCUUGACUCGCGACGACCUCGUCAGNAUGCUUGGCCAAAGACCCUUCGAGGACAAGGGCGACUUUAGCAAGUACUUUGGCGGCCGCGGCGACCGUGAAGGUCCUGGCGCAGGUAUCCCUAGCAUCCCCGAGAAGCCCGAUGGACCCAUCCUCCCUCCCGGUUCCUCCAACCCUGCACCUGUGGUGUUCAAGGAUUUGAACCACUAA